GCACGGUCCUUCUUAGCAAGCAGUCUUCGGGGCAGCAACCAGCAAACGUCCAGACUCCAAUUACCAUGGAUUUCAAAACUCUUGGUUUUUUUACAUCUCUCCUGGCAGCCUGUCACGGAGGUAUUCUGCCAGGAGCAGCCACAGUUGGACUUGCCGCAGCACCAGCCACUGUUAUCAGAACAGAAAAUUACGAUCCCAAUCCUCAAUACAGUUUUAGUUAUAGCGUUGCCGACGGACUUACUGGUGACAACAAGGCACAAGAAGAAACACGCAGUGGUGAUGUAGUUCAAGGUAGUUACAGUCUUAUCGAACCUGAUGGUUCUCGACGUAUUGUUUCCUAUGCCGCUGAUCCAAUCAACGGAUUUAAUGCCGUCGUACAAAAGGAUCCUAGCGUAACCGUCACAAAAACUGCCGUACCAGUUACUGCAUCAGUUGCACCGGUCGCUGCUGUAGCCGCUUCUCGACCUGCCGUUGCAGUUGCCACAGGACCUCAACUCAUUACUCGUCCUGGACAAGUACUUACAGCUGCUACAGCACCAGGCGCAGUAGCUCUACGUCCUCAGAUUGCUAUUGGUGGACCCUUAAUUCGAUCUUCUCUCGUAAGUGGGUCAGCUUUGACAGCGCCUAAUUUACUUGCUGCAAAUCUUGGACUUGGACUUGGACUAAGGGCAGGAUCUUUGUAUGGUACGCAAGCUCUUCUAGCGGGUGCUUAUGGCGCCGGUGGUGUCGUGAAGGUUCAUUAGACCCGAUAUGUCUUCGUUCGACUCGGCUUUACUCGACGACACGACCAAGUCUCUCUCCCAU